AGAAGAGCAUUUGCUACUUCACAUGAAGAACAAUAGAAAGCAGUCAGUGUGCUCAGAAGCUUUCAGAGGACGAGUCUAACCGGGGAUGAUGUUGUUGACUGAGGAUUCAUUUGGGGCUUAAAACCUGAGGAUUUAUGCUGUUUUAAACUGUGGAUUUACUUUAUUGUACUAUAUGAAAAGAAUGUCACUCCCAGAGGAGGAUCUUACAUGCCCUAUAUGCUGUGACAUCUUCACAGACCCUGUUUUGCUGGCAUGCAGCCACAGCUUCUGUAGGAGCUGUCUAAAGCGCUGCUGGGACACUGGCUUACGUGAGUGUCCAGUGUGCAGAAAAAGAGCUACCAAGUCCAGCGCCCCUUCUAAUUUAGCUCUGAAGAAUGUGUGCGAGGCUCUUCUGGAGGUCAGGAGGCAGAGCUCGGUGGUGGUGGAAGACAAGACAAGCUGUAGUCAACAUGGGGAGAAGUUAAAACUCUUCUGUCUGGUUGACAAACAGCCCAUCUGUGUGGUGUGUCACUCCUCAAAAUUGCACAAGACCCACGACUGUUCGCCUAUAGAGGAGGCAGCACAGGACUGUAAGGAUGAACUAUCUUUAUCCCUCAAGAGUUUGCAAGAAAAACUUGACAGUCUCAAACGAAUCCACAAAACAUCUACAGACACAUUCAAGUACAUCAAGAACCAGACACUGGAAACACAGAGAUUAAUCAAGAGCCAGUUCGAGGAGCUCCAUCAAGUCCUUUAUGAAGAGGAGUCAGCCAGAAUAGCAGCUGUGAAAAAAGAAGAAGAAGAAAAAAUUGCAGGAUUGAAGGAUAAAUUUAAAGAAUUGUCAGCGGAGGUGUUAAACCUCACAGAGAUCAUCUCAUUCAUACAGGAGCAGCUGAAAGAGGAUGAUAUGGUCUUGUUGAAGAAUUUCAAAGACACCCAGGAAAGAGGGAAAAGUGUAGCACUUGGCUCAGACAGCAUGUCUGGGAUACUGAUUGACAUGACCAAGCAUGUUGGCAACCUCAAGUACAGAGUCUGGGAGAAAAUGCUGGACCAAAUAGAGUACACCCCGGUGACUUUGGAUCCAAACACAGCACACCCCUGCCUCAUCCUGUCUGACGACCUAACUUCCCUCCACUACUCAAAGCAGGCCAACUGUUGCCCUGACAACCCAGAGCGCUUCCACAUCAGCGCCGAGGUGGUAGGCACGGCCACACUAGGUUCAGGAAGUCAUCACUGGGUUGUGGAAACAGGAAGUAAUCAGGACUGGCUCCUGGGCGUGGCCUCUGUGUCUGUACUGAGGAACACAGAGGUCUCUGCUCGGCCCGAGAAUGGCUUCUGGACUUUGUGUUUCCGGGAUGGGGGGUUCAGGGCGAUGACUUCUCCUCCGACUCCUCUGACAAUUACAGUACUGCCCAAACAAGUCAAGGUGCAGCUGGAUUACAACAAAGGGACAGUAGCUUUUUCCGACUCUGCUGAUGACACACUCAUUUAUGAAUUUACAGCAACAUUUACUGAACCUUUGCUUCCAUAUUUUUACACACAAAGUAGUCACCCACUGAAAAUAAUGCCAGAAAAGGUACUUAUCACAAUGUUGCGCCAGUAAGUAGAUUAAUUAUUUAUUAAUUAUUGAGAAAGCAGGAUCUGAGAACUGUUUCCAUGCAAAAAAAUUACCGACUGGUUUGCUGUAAUCUUCAAGCUUACGUGAAGAAUUUCUAACUGGUUUUUAAACACAAUUAAAAGAAAAUAGAUUCCUCUUUAUGGCCUGUAAAAGCAAUAAUGGCCAUUAGGAGGCAGAUUGAUCAUUUAUAUGCAGUAUUUUUAAAUGCCUGUAAAUGCUGCUGUAAGGUGCCAGAUAAAGUGAUUGACCUCAAGACAGUCUUUUUACAAAUGGGUGAAACACAUGACCAUUAAAAGAAAGCUGGAUUGGACUUUUAUUUUGUAAUACAGUAUUUUUGCACGUAUAGGACAAAAUCAGCAAAAAGAAAAGAGGAAUUACCUUGUCCGUUGGAGGCACUGAAAAAGAUGCAAACCGAAGUCCUUCACUUGAGCUUUAAGAUCAAGGCACAUACUAUAUUGUUGGUCAUGCUGCUUAUUUUGAUGCCACAGAAAAACAAGCUUUAUUGCAUUGUUAUUGUGAAGAAAAUGUUUGACACCGCUUACAUGUCUUUGCACAGCAAAAUUAAUAGUCUCAAUAUAAUUCCCAAUUCAACACAUUCCCUAAGUAAAUAUAAUUCUCACAGGUUUUGACUCUGGAAAAUGUUGAUAUUCUUACUAUCUUAGUGUGUGUUGAUUUUCAACACCCACGGUAUUAUUUUAUUGCAAGUCAAAGUGUAGUUUUGGCACAAUGUAUUUUUCAAAAUGUCUCUAUCAUCAACUCUUCAAACAUUACAAAUCAAUUGUCACACUUUGCUGAGAUUUCCAUCUCAUGUUGAAUACCCAUGGCACUGACAAGUAUCCUAUUGCACAAAUUUAAAAAUGAUCAAAGUCUUGGCCAGACUGUGCCCUUGAUGAAGGAUAAUUGAAAACAAAUUAGUCUACUUCACCAGUUUCCACUGGUAGGUGCCAACUAACAAAGUGGAUAACUUCACUUAUGGUGCAAAAGCACCCAACAUAGAAAAAACAACCACAAUCUACCAGGACAUAAGCAAAGGAGUCUCAGCAGUGAUCACUGUACAGGCAAAAUCCAGCAUAUAAACAUGCAUAAACACAUGUAAAACAAGUCUAAAGACUCUGCCUAUAGGGGCAUGAUGGGAAAACUCUGCCUUAACACCCAUCGGAUCAAGAGGGUUCUAGCUGCAGACCAUACAUUUGUAAUGGCCACUCUCACAGACCGUUCAUCCGAGACACUGUAUGUCUAGGAGAAAGUCCUGUAAUUUGCCAACACAAUGUAUUUUUAUUAUUCCUAGAUAAAAUAGAGAAAAGAUCGGAAGUGUAAUACAGGAUACAGUUUUGUUUAGACCUGUUUUAAAAGUAGUUAGGAAUGGUGGCUUGCUUUAGCUUCAAUAGCUUUAGCUAAAGCUAACAUUGUUACAUAGAUAACCUGUUUGCUACAUAGCUUAUAUAGCUCUGUAAUCUAACAAGCUAACAGCUAACAAACCUACAUAAGCUACACUGGCUGUGUUGGAAUGUUUUAAUGGAGGACGAGCUCUUCUCCUGUAAGAUAAAGUCAGCUUUAUCAAGUGUUUUGUAAUUAGGUUUUGCAGGUCAGGUGUUUGACUUUUAACCUUUGCGUCCUCACCUCUAUCCUAAAUCUAAACAGAUUUUUUUUCUGUUUUUCUUUCUAUUCUAUUUUCAAAGUUUUAGCAUGCAUGUUUCUGUUCUGAGCUAUACAGAGUCUCCGAUGAAAUGUCUGUUAGAACGGCUGUCAGAAAUGAACAGUCUGCAGCCAGACUGUCUUGACCUGAUUGAAAAGGCAGUGGGCAGAGUUUAACUGACUCUCUACAGAGUUGUACUAACACAGAUUGAACAUCUCUGUCAAAUAACUCCAGUAUUGGAGAUCAUUUCACUCACACUUAGGGAGUUAAAAUCAGCUGAAAUGUUUAAACCACGUUUUUCUGCAUACAAUAAGAUAUUGCGAAGGAUGAGUUAGCUUAGCAUAGCAAUGAAAUGUAAAUACAACAUGCACACUGGAUAUGUAGCAUUAGUGCUAGCCUUCUAGUUUACAAUUGCCUCUGUGGCCUGCCUCGGAUCAGCUUCUAGGGCAGACUGAUGAAGAAACAAGAAGUUGUGAAUGACUCCUUUAUUUUCCUGCAUCCUGACUUUUGUGUGAGUUCUGACAUGGCUUUACACAGUCCAGCACUACUGGCCCAAGGUUUAAUGGGUCUGUAUACAACAAAGGCUCAUACCAUUUUAAGAAGAGGAGGUUUACAUUUGAAGCAGUCUUUUUUCACUGAAACAAUGCCAAUGGAUAUGGAUAACCUAUACAUGGUUAAGUAAUAAAGCCAGAGCUCUGCCUGCCAGUUUCAUGUCUGUCAAACUUUCUAAAUGCUGUAUUAUUGAAAGCACUUUUAAGUUAUCACAUUGUAAUUUGGUCUUGGGAUUUUGGUGCAGGAAUUCUUUUCUCAUUCUGCUGAAACGCCUGUAACUUUUGUCCAAACGAAUGAUACUGUUACGUUGGCGCGUCUUUAAUUGUGAUAAGCAUAUCAUGUUGGAUAGGGCUAGGAGAGAAGUUGUACUUUAUCAUGCACUUUAUCAAAUUCAUCAUGGUGUAAAUUUGACUGGGUACAGAAAAUGUACUGCUUAUUGGCCUAGUGUGUAUUUAAAGGGAUUCGGCUGUGUAGUGUGGUUUGGUCAUCUCUCUGUACACAUGGUGGCGCCAAAGUCAAAUAAAUAUAAUGAAGGAUUUCAUUACAAUGAAGAACAUUUAAAUGCAUUCUCCUCAUUUAGUUUGAUUUGUAGAGAGCAUGAUGGAU